ACUCUAUGCAAAGCUGGUUGUCGUAGUCCAACGUGAGAGUUCUCCGCCGUAAAGAACGUCUUUAUCGCAGGGAAGCCGCAACAAUGCACAACAGUUCUAGGAAGUGUGUUCGACUUGCUUUGCUUAGUGGAAUUCUUCUGGUCGCCCUCUUUUAUUUUUGGAAACCUAACCGCAAAGAAGUUGACAUAAGCUCAAGCCAGGUUACACCCAUUAAAAAACUCUUCACUGGGAAAAUUGGAGACGCCACAAAUGGUUAUAAGGACAUCCCCUACCACAUAAAGGAGGAAAUGGCAAGUCGUUUGGCUCAAAAUGCCUGCGUAUGCAAGGCUGAUGAAAAAACCUUUCGCCUACCGUUGUCAAAUCUGCUCUUUCCACACGUGUGGGCUCACAAUCUUGAUCAAGCAUUUUUGGAGUUCCACCCUGAUCCUGAAAGUGUAAAGCAGCACAGAGCUGACGAGUACAACAACUUUCGAGAAAGGUCCUACAAUCCUGCAGAUGUGCUUAAUGUAGCUGAUGCCAACAGUCCUCUUCAGUAUCCUACCCAGGGGGUGCUGGUGCGACCCCUAAAGACAAUCAUCAUUCCUGGUUUAGCCCUUAAAGAAGAAACAAGAUCAGUUCACAUGGUGUCUUUGACUGCAACACUUGGAAGUUUUGAUGUUGCUGCUCAGGUGGACAUGGUCUCCAUCCAGGGAGUGGGCGAGAAGAACAUGGUUCUGUCGAGUCCUCUUCUCUCUGCUCUGAACAAACAACUGCAGUUUGUCACCUAUACGAACACCGUGUUUCAUCCGAAGACAGCAGACACAAUUCAGUUUGCAACUAAAGAUCACCAGUCAUUUUUCACCAUCAAAAUUGAACACAGAAACAAUCCGAAACUUUACAACUCGGGAUACCAAAAAGAGUACAAUAUUACAGCUCUAGUUACCAUCGCCACCAAGACCUUUCUGCGCUAUGACAAACUGAAAGAUCUCAUCGACAGCAUAAGAGAAUAUUAUCCCACCGUCACUAUUGUGAUAGCAGAUGAUAAUGAACACCCUCAGCCCGUGACUGGUCCUCAUAUUGAACACUACAUUAUGCCAUUUGGAAAGGGUUGGUUUGCAGGUAGAAACCUGGCAGUGUCUCAGGUAAUCACCAAAUAUGUACUCUGGGUGGAUGAUGAUUUCAUCUUUACUGCAAACACCAAGUUGGAGAAGAUGGUGGACAUCCUAGAAAAGACCACUCUGGAUCUGGUUGGUGGUGCAGUCAGAGAGGCGACAGGUUACACCGCAACUUAUCGUCACACCAUAUCGGUGGAGGAUGGCGGAAAAGAGGGUGACUGCUUACAUAUCAGACUUGGCUACCACCAUGACAUCAAAGAAUUUCCCAACUGCGUGGUAGCUGAUGCUGUCAUCAACUUCUUCAUGGCGCGGACGGUCAAAGUGCAGCAGGUUGGAUUUGACCCGCGCCUCGCACGGCAGGCCCAUCUAGAGUUCUUCAUCGACGCUCUUGGCCACCUCCACAUCGGCUCCUGUAGUGACGUCAUUGUGAGUCACGCGUCAAAGAUCAUACUACCCUGGAGUAAAACAGACGUACAAAAAGCCUAUGAAAAAUUCCGGUACUCAUCGUCAGCCACGAAUGCUAAAACUCAUAACGAAGUCUUCUACUUUAAGAACAGGUUCAAAUGCAUGACCAGUCAAUGAAAUGUGACAAAUAGUUUUGCUCAGGUAAAAUAAGAUGAACUGUUGAUUUUUGGUUUUUACUGACAAAAAAACUGGGAGGAUUACCCAGUUAUGAUCUUUGGUAUCCAAGGUUGGUGUUUGUUUUCUUUUUGUUUUUUAUGUUAGUGGCUUGUAGUGUUUCUAGCAACUCUCUGGAAACUUGUAAAUCACCUUUUGACUUGUUUUCAAAGCGUUUCACCCUCAUCUUAAACUGAAAUUCUCUCAAACUGAUUUGCAAAAUGUUGACACUGAAAAGGAAAAUCUUCAGUUACAUAAUAAAUAGCUUCAGCUUGUGAAGCACCGCAUUUUUUUUAAAAUUUAUUUUAUUUAAACGGGUUUUUUAAAAAUGGAGUUAAGAAAAAGGUACGUUGUUGCAAGUCACAAUAUGGCAGCAAGUAUUCUACAGCAAAACGGUUCGUUUGAUAAAAAUGGCUUUGUGAACUAAUGCCCAGUGUCACAUGAUUGUUUUUGUUUAAGUUGUUUCAUUUGUAUGUAUUUUUAGUAGGAUACUGUUAUGCCCCACUUAAAAACAAAGUGUUAACUGGGGUGGGGGUGGGGGGGACACAAAGUGAAAAAGAAAACAAACUACUGAAAAAUAGAUGUCAUUAAACAUGAUUUAUUGCACAAAACUACUAAAGUAAAGAUGAACACAGGGAAGCUCUUUUCUUCAUGACGAGCUGCAACACACCUCAGCUGCGGCUCAUGAGGCAGACCUGGAACUCAGGAAAGGGAGGAAACCUCUCACAGAGGGAGAGCCACUAGAGGUCAGCGAGCAUAACAGAUACUCAGGUCAACAGUCUUUGUUUUUCCCUCUCCCCUAAUGUCAGUGAUUUCACAAUAUCCUGCUGCUGUGACUGUGUCUCUAAAUUUAAUCUAUGAAACCUUUACUCAGGAAUUUACGUAAACAGAUGCUGUCUCUGUCUUUUCUUCUCAACAGUAUUUCUAAAAAUGCUUGUUUAAUUUUUUUUUAGAGUGUAUCGUUUGUUUGUUUGUUUGAAAAAAAACCCCUUAGCAUCAAUUUCCUGUUUAUUUGUUAUAUUAAAUUUCUUGUUAUCUGGCUAAGUAAUAACACAGAAAAACUGUGUAAGAGAGAGUGAGCACCCUAAACAGAUUGACAGUCAAUCUUUAAACAGAAAAUAUGACUUACAUUUAGAGUUUAAAUAGCAAAUAGUGGCCUUGCACUUCUUUCCCAAAUCCGAUGGAACAUUAAAGAUGGUUCCUAUUAAUAUCUACUACAACCCUCUUCCACUCUAAGGGGGGCUCUUUUUAUGGUUAGUGGUUAAAGGUGUAAUAUGUGAAUAAUGAGUGUACAUGUUUACCAAAUUAGUACUUGUUUUUUUCCCCAACAUCUGCUGUUUCUUACUAGUAGAACCAAAGUUGCUCCUCAACUACCUCACUCAAUCUAGAGAGCAAGACUAUCACUGGGCUGCAGAAUCCUUUGCACGACUCUCAUGACUUGUGAACUGAAUCUGGUCAGCAUUUACCUCUUUUACUAACCCCCCUUUGCUGGGAGGUAAAGUUGGCAAUGUUGUUGGUUCCACACCAGAAUAGGAGCACAUCAACCAUCAGCUAAGCACCUACGUACAAAGAAACAAUCUAGCAAUCGUUUUGGGGUCGUUUCGUUCUGUGAUAUGAGUAUUUAAAUACAGCUUUGUUCUAUUUAAAAUGAUGUAAUUUAAAUAAAAAGCACAGAUCCAUUAUGUGGCCAUUGUUUUGUUAAAGCCUACGGGGCCUCAGGAGGAAGAGUGCGUCGUCUAUCAAUUAGAAGGUUGUUGGUUUCAUAUCUAGCUCCUCAAGUCAGCAUGUCGAAGUAUCUUUGAGCAAGACACCAGAACCCAAGUUGCCCCUGAUGCGUUCAUCGACACUCGUCAUCAUUAAACAAAUGGGGUAAAUAAUGUUUGUCAUAAAAAGCGUUUUGAGUGCUCAGUCAGAGUAGAAAAGAACUAAGUGGAAGUCCUUUACCCCUGUGUUUUAGGAGAGAGGGAGUUUCCUCAUCUGAGUUCAUCAUUUUUAAUAACUAACACAAAUUAUGAAUAAAUAAUGUGCAACCUAUUUGUAUACUUCUCUUUGUGCCUCACUCAUAUCUCCUCCACUCUCAUCACUCCUCUUUCCUGUAGAUGCGAAUUCAACAGAAAUUCAGACAUUCUUCAGUGCAGCUCUCUGAAAUUCAACUCAGUUCAAUUCUGACAGUUUUCGUAACAGCUGUUACACACUGUAAAACCUAAUUAGUUCACAGAACUCAAAAAAACUAUGCAAACUCGUUGCCUCAAAGAAAUUGAGUAAAGUUUUACUUAAGAUGAUUAAGCUCGGGCAACUUACCCAUUUUGAGUACACUGUACAGCCACAUUAGUUCCCAGAACUCGAAAGAAAUAUGCAAACUCGUUGCCUCAAAAAACUAAGUAAAGCUUACUUAAGAUGACUGUUAGGACAACUUAUUCAUUGCAAGUCUGCAGUAUUAAAAAGAAUUAACAACACUUUUUGUAAUGAUGUUAAAAUCAACCCAACUUUUAUUUUCAAACACAACAAAGUAUAACAGCCAACA